CAAAUACUACACCUUUUAGAAAUCCCCAAAAGUCUAAGCCUCAAUCUCCUUUUGAAUCUCCAGGCUAUUUCUUUCUUUACUCGUUCCUCUCCCUCUCUCUCUUGUUGCUUUCUAUAUAUAUAAAGAGCAUCCAUCAUUACCAACAUAUCAGUUAAGAGAGAGAGAGAGAUGGGAAGAGCACCUUGCUGUGACAAAGCGAACGUGAAGAAAGGGCCAUGGUCGCCUGAAGAAGACGCGAAACUCAAGUCUUACAUCGAGCAGCACGGCACCGGAGGCAACUGGAUCGCCCUCCCUCAGAAGAUAGGGCUUAAGAGAUGCGGGAAAAGCUGUCGUCUAAGAUGGCUGAAUUAUCUUCGGCCAAACAUCAAACACGGUAGUUUCUCAGAAGAAGAAGACAACAUCAUCUGCACCCUGUAUGUUAGUAUUGGAAGCAGGUGGUCUAUUAUAGCAGCACAGUUACCAGGGCGCACAGACAAUGACAUCAAGAACUACUGGAACACCAGGCUCAAGAAGAAGCUCCUUGCAAAGCAAAGGAAACUAGACCAACCUCCUCCUAUUGCUUAUUGCAAUUCCUCUUCUAAUUCUUCUUCUUCUUCUUCAGUUCCACAACUAGUAGUACCACCUGCACCGCCUUCCAUCCACGACUACGAUUUCACCUCCCUCGUAUCCUCCUUCCCACAGCAACACCACCUUUAUCCACCGCCAAAUAUGUAUCACCAUCAGCAAGGCUUUGAAAGCUUGAUAGAUGAUGAAUUGAGCCAUCUCAUGGCGUGUGUAGUGAGUAAUCAACAAAUGGAAGUGCAGCAGGGUUUUUAUGGCAGCACGACUUCAACAGAGAGCACUACUACUACUAGUUGGGGACCUGAUAUGACCUCUCUCGUUAACUACUCAUCACCACCACCACCACCACCUUUGCUUUAUCAAGAUGACGCUUCACCUGCUUCUAGGUACUUUGGAAUGCAAAUGCUAUAACAUACAUAUACAUACAUAACGCUUUUGUUUCUUUAGGGGGUGCUGUAAAUCAAUUUCAUUUAAUAUGUACCGCUACAAUUUCAUAAAUAAUUAAGAUUUAAGAAAAGAAAUGUAUCCGACAAAACCCUAAAUCAGUUUAUCACUUUCAUGGACGACAGCUUUUGUGGCUCUUACUGUUUUUGGCUACAUAUAUGUAUAGCCUUAUAUAUAUGGAUGUUUACGGAAUAAAGAAUCUUAGUUAUAGUUA